AUGAGUAAUAAUAAUAGUCAUAAUAAUAAUUCACAACCUAAUACAUAUCAAUCAUCUCCAUAUACACUUGAUAGUUCAUCAACAUUCUCUAGUGAUAGUAGUAGUAGUAGUAGUGGAUCACAUACUCCAGUCAGUGUCGUUAAUGAAGCGGUAUCAUCGCUGCAAAGAGAUGCAGAAUUGAAUAUACCUUUGAAAAAGAAAAAACAAAAAGUCGUUGACUAUAGAUUCCCAUUUCAUUUCGCAAUACACAGUCCAAGACAUAAUAAAAGAACGAGAUGGAGAUAUAAAUUAGGUCACUUUAUAGAGAGUAAUAAAGUACAAACAUUCAUCGUUUCGCUGAUUAUACUCGAUUUAAUCAUAGCGAUUAUUGAGAUGUUCCUUGAAGAAUCAUUUAAAAAAUGUAAAGAUGAACAUGAGAUUCCACAUGCUGUUGAACGUACAGAGAGUGUAUUGAGAGUAAUUACAUUAGUUAUAUUAGGUAUUUUCGAAAUUGAAAUAAUAGCAUUGAUGUUAGCAUUUGGUAGAGACUUCUUUUUCCAUCCUUUUUAUGUACUCGAUCUUGUUGUUAUUACGACAUCGAUUGUAGUUGAUGUUGUAUUUCGAGACAAUGCAGGUGCUCUGCUUGUCAUUUUCAGACUUUGGCGUGUCGUUCGAAUAGGACAUGGUAUAGCAAUGAGUGUAGAGGAUCACGACGAACGUAAAUACUCUAUUCUCAAGAAAAAAUACAAAGAAUUGAAAAAAUCAGUUGCUGCUUCUAACAACAACAUCACCAAUAAUAAUAACAAAAACAACAACAACAACAAAAUACAAAAAUUUGAUCUAGUAGCUCCACAUACUCAAUAA